GUCCCAUGCAAUUAGUGGAAGCCUUCUCAACUCCAAAACCCCUCUUCUCAGGUAUUUAAUUACCCUCUAAAUCUUCCCUUUUAUUUGAUAAUUAGCUCAAACAGGUUCAAACCAUAUAUGGCUGUUGUUCCCACCAUUUUCCAAAUACGAAACUUUAACGACUCGAUCAAUCCGACCCAAAUAAUUUCGAAGCCGAAUUAUAAGAGAGCAAGCAUUUGCAAAUGCGACGUCGUUUCAAAGAAUAAUUUACCAAUUUUUGAGUACUCCAAAAAUCGUCAUUGGGAGAUACAAAAUAACGAUUCAUCAGUCAUUACAAUUGCGGCAAGAGCAACGAAGUCGAGAAGAAGGUUGAAGGCGAUGUUCUUGCAGCAUGUGAGAUGCAGUAGUGGUUUGGAUUUUGAGUCACAAGUAUUGAAAAAAUUAAGCCAGGUUUGGGAGUGUAGUACUAAUGAGAAACAAUUGAGAUCAUUGGGUUCUUAUUUUGGAAGGCUUCAAGGUGUUGGGAAUAAGAAAAAUUUAGAUUCUUUAAACAAGAGAAAAGUGCUUGAUACAGGUCAGUUCAAAGCAAAGAAGGAGCUUGAAUUGCUUGAUGCUUAUUUUCAAAAAGUUGAUGAAGCACAUACAGACUUGCAGAACCAUCAUCUGUCUAGUUUUGAUGAACUACAAGAAGACAAAUUGGUGUUCACAUCAUCCCCUUUCGAAGAUCGCAAUAAAGACGACAACGAGAUGCACAUACGACACGUGAAACUGAACGGUAUGAUCCACAGAAGCAUGCCAAAAACAGCUCAACUACAAGAAGAAGAUGUUUGUGAUCUCUAUUUGAUAAGUGCUCUGGUUUCUAUAAAUAUAGCAGUUUUGUUGUUUGAAAUAGCAAGUCCAGUAAAAAACUCAGAGCUGCAACUCUUUUCACUUCCUUCUCUAUAUGGAGCAAAGAUAAAUGAGCUGAUCCUAGUAGGAGAAUGGUGGAGGCUUGUGACACCUAUGUUUCUGCAUUCAGGAGUUCUUCAUGUUGCUCUGAGUUGUUGGACACUUGUUACAUUUGGCCGCCAAGUCUGUAGAGAAUAUGGUCCCUUUACAUUUUUCUUGAUCUAUGUCCUAGGAGGCGUUUCUGGCAAUCUCACAAGCUUUCUUCAUACUCCCGAUCCAACUGUCGGCGGGACGGGGCCUGUGUUUGCCAUGAUUGGAGCUUGGCUUAGUUACCAAUUCCAAGACAAAGAUGUGGUGACAAAGGAUGUCUCAGACAACAUGUUUUUGAAAGCAAUAAUUGCAGCAGUCAUAAGUUCCAUUUUAAGCAAUAUUGGUCCCAUUGAUGAAUGGAGUCAUACAGGAGCAGCUUUUAGUGGGAUGUUAUAUGGGUUUCUAACUUCCCCAAUUGUGGAGGUGAAUGAUGCUGCUUCUUCUUCUUCAUCUUCAUCAUCAAGGAAAGGCCAACACAAGGGAAUCAAGCUUGUGAGGAAGUAUGCUCAUCCUUGCAAAUCAUUGGCUGUUUUUGCUCUAUUUAUCAUGGGAUUCACAAGUUUGGUGUUCUUUAUUCAACCUCCUUAGCUUCCACCACAUUGAGCUUUUUUGAGUUCAAGUUUAGAUUUGGUUUCAGAGCAAAAUUCUACUCAUAUAUUGUCAAAUAUAUUAAGCUUAGAGUGUGGCUUUGGCUUGCAAGGGCAUCAUGUACAGUCAAAAUAAUUAUGCCUCUAAUUAAGUUUAAACUUGAGUUUUGUCUCACUUUUAAUUAUUACACUCUCUCAAGUUUAAAUCCUAUUUCUGUUA